GGCUGAGUUCUGUCAGCGUAGGAAAUCUGCCUUGCACAAACCUAUCUGUAAAGGCGAGCGCUGAUGGCGAUUUCGUAAGACGGCACGAAUUCUUGUGGUCGGCAACUUAGGAAAAGGGGUUCCGGAAAGAACGAGUCUCGUUGUCGCGUUUUGAAAACAACGGAACACAAGCUGCGACAAGACCUCUAACUUGUCGUGGGAGUCCGGCAACGAGGACAGUGCUGAUCAGUUGUUCCCCCUAUCGGAGAAGAAGUGACUAACCAGUGCGCAUGUGGCAGCGAGUCUGCGGACUAAACACGGAGGCCGCGUGGCAAAGAAGACAAACGAAUAAACGGUAACUCGGGUUGGCAAAAGAGAGUGGCAGCACACCGUUGUCUGCACAUGACUCGAGCUGUGGUCUGGUGCCAAGGUUUGUGUCGCGGCAAAAAUCACUUUUCCCUGUUCGUUCCCUUCGCCUUUAUUUUAGCCACAUAUUUGCCGCAUUAUAUCUCCAUCCCUUUUUCUUUGUGGUUUCGCCUUCUUGAAAAGCUGUAAUGGUCGCCAGGAAAGCGUUGACAUGCGGCUUGUAAGAUCGAUCGCUGGCUCGGAUGAAGCGGGACAAAAGACGUUUCCUUGCUGUUUUCGCAGACGUACGCCACUUGUUGCUACUUGUGUAGUGCGGGUAUAAAGCGCCACGCGAGAAAGCGUUUCAGCGUCUGUUUCUUGUUUCCCGUUGACGUGACUUUUUCACAACGCAAAAAGAAGACGAACGUCUGAAGAUACCGAACAGGGGUUCCCGAUUCGCCAAGAUGUUUACUCCUGCUUCAUUCACCCCGUUUAUUCACAGAAGUACUCGUACGUACGAUAUGCAGUGUGCACACAUAUUUGUAUAAAUGUCACCCGUACCUAAAGUGACUGUGAAUGGACAUAUUGUUUCGUUAGGAGACAACGAGCGGACCAGCGUGCUCGUACCACAGCACGAGGAAGCGACCGCGUAUGAACCUACUUUUGGUUCUGUGACUCUUAACCGUCUUUCUGCAACCAGGACCAUCAUCCUGGGGUAAAUCGACGCGGGAAAAGGCACUGAGCCCGCGUGUGCGCCACCUCUGUGUGUCUUUUGUCACUUCAUGCAUGCACCUACAUCAGAAGAGAACAGCGUUCAUCCACCUAAGAGAAAUGGAUGCCUCAUCACUCUGCAGCACGUCGGCCAGGAGGCUGAGAGGCACUUCAAGUUAUUUGUCUACUACGAGUUGCCGCGAGACAGAAACGCCACUUUCCGCGUGCGUGGAUUGCGGUGAAUCCACAGCCAGCAGCUCGCUGGCGCCGGGGACCAGCAGUGGGGCGUUUCAGAGUCGCUCUUGCAGUUUCGAAAGCACGUCUCUCUGUGAAAUGGAAGCCGACCUGCUGGUGGCUCGGUGUUCUUCGUUCUAUGGGGUCGAGGGGGAAGAAAAACGGAGAAACACCAAGGAAGAGGCGCCGUCCGAGCUCGACGAAGAGCGCUCCGGCUUGUGCACAAAACCAGGUCGAUGUCAGGAGGUCCUUCGCGCCUUCCCAGAAGGACGCAAGAAGCGCCGGGACAAGAAGAAGGGAGCGACUACCGAGGUGGCCCAACUGCAGGUAGAAAAACCGCGAAGAGCCAUUCUGAAGACAGAGUACAGGAUGCGUGAGAGGGACACUCGGAGUCCCGAGGUGAGGCAUCGAACAAGCCACACAGACACAGACGCGGAGGAGGAGCAGGAGACGAAACAUCUCUUCCAACACUCGAAUUCUCCGUUUCGCGGCAGAAGUGACGAGAAGAGGAGCGCGUUGUCAAACUGCAGGGACGAGGGUAAUCAUGCCCUGAGACCUCUUCGCAGGAAAGGGGAAAGCAACAGCCAGGAGGCCUCCCUAGAUCGUGAGUCUCGAAGGCAAAUCGAAAGUCGCCGACGGGAGAAGGCCAGCAUCGCGCACCUUUCUCAACUAGGAAAAGAGGGCGAAGAAGCGGAAGGAAAGAAGGACACAAAAGGGAGGGCGACUGUCGGGAAGAAAGGCGCCCGUAGCAGGCGCUUGACAAAAAACAGAGUGGACCAAGACGAAGACAAUGAAGAAGACGAAGAAGAUGACACAGAUGCUGACUGGGAGGCGACCUUGCCCAGGAGACAGCAGCCCUCUCGGAUUUUCCGAGCCUCCAGAUAUCAGGCGUUGCUGGAGGAAGCGAAGAAUCAGACGCAGACGAAGAAGCGGACAAGUUGCCAGCAGACACGGCUGUCGUCUUUUUACGUAGGAAUGUGGGAAUCGAGUGAGGGAGACGACGACUGGAGUCCAGAGAGAGUGUUCGGACGCGAACAAGCGCGGAGACUGCUCAAGAGCAAACAGAGUGAAAGCAGCUCGGAGGACGAAGAGGAAGACUCUUCUUCGGAGGCAACUGAAGAAGACGGGAAGCAGAGGGGACCAGCGGCUGGCGACCGAGUCGUUGCCGGCACAGUUGUGCGAGAGAAGCGAAGCCGAGGUGAACGGACGCAAGAACAUCGCGUCCAGGCAGACAGAGGAGGAAACGAACGCGGCUUUCCUGCAGGCCAGAAAACGUCCCUUGGUGGCAGAAGUCGCACGUCAAGCGAGAGCAUGCAUGCAGAGAAUGGCGGCGAACGAGCGCGAGGAAAUCGACAGCGAGGCAAGGAACAAACAAUGUUGGAAGGCCGCGCAGCCGUAGAUGGUAGAAGGGCCACUGGAAGCGCCCGAGGAAAACGAAACCGAUCUUUGGCAGAAGAAGGACGCAACACAUCGAAGGCAAGUGUUGCGGAAAGGGGAAAGUGUGGCUAGAAGCAGGAAGCUACCGGCGUGUACAGGGGCGACCGAAAUACACCCAAGAUUGUCCAGGAGGGAAGCGCACAUGCGCGUCCUCGAAAUGUCAACGCAGGACAAAAGCGAAAGCAGAGCGUCUCGGUACUCUCUCUUGAUUGGUUUGUGAACGGGAAGCCUCUGUCCCGCCAACGCUUGGCAGCUUGUGAAAUUCCACUUUCUUCGCAACGCAGAAAGCUGGAAAAAAAGCAAUUGUCCACACACCCUCCAGUUACGUGAUGGCUCUUUAGAGUAGCGUGUCGAGGAUCGGCGCCCAUUCGAGUUUCUCGGCUGUGCAGAAUCAGAUAUAGCUGCAUUGCACAUGCAGAUGUGGAUCCAUUUUUCGAGGCCGUGUUGCCAAAACGAACAAGUGAAUAGGUCAUUACAUCUACGUGUCCGUGAACCAAAUAGGGAGGACAUCCUGGCUGUGAAGAACUGCUCUUUCCGUCGAAGGACAGGUCAUCGAUUCACAGAAACGGCUGUGCGCUGGCAUGAUGAACCAUGGAAAUCUGCGGGCUUCAGAAAACUCGAGGACAAGAAAUGUGGCGUACAUGUGGAUGCACGUCUACACAUGUAGGCUGGCGGGUGAGUCAAGUGCACGCCUUCGUUGAGAGUCGCGUUCAGUGCAUUGACAGAGGAUCUGAGCUGUCUCAUUUCUCACUCCCUGCAUGUAUCGUUCUUUGGAUAAGAACCAAUUCGUUUGGUUCGGCAAGACACGGAGAGCUCUGGACUCGAAUCUGGUGUCUCUUACAACGUGUGGGUGAUAUCGCGAGUUGCCGACUAAAUGCAACUAAGAAAAUUGUAAGGUG